AAACAUUACCUGAGAAUUCCCCAGCCGAAACGGCUGCUGGGGCAAGAAACUUCUUGUUAGAACUUUCCACCUUCGACUUCCCCUCCACCCUUGUUGGCGUCCCAACCUUUGGAGAGGCUUAUUCUCCUGCAGGGGCGGAUUUUUUUUUUUUUUUCUUUUUCCCCCUCACCCAGUACUUUGCACCUGGGAAGAAUUUAUUUCACCGGUAGCCAGGUGGGACGCCCGCCCUCCUUGAUUCGGUUUAUUUAUAUUACUCUUUAGGAUUUCUUUUAUAAUCCCGAUUUUGUUUGGUCAGGGGGUUUUCGCCCCCUAGCCGGCUCCGCGGCGCGGAGGAUGGUGUGGAGAUGGCUGGGUGCGUUGGUGGUGUUCCCUCUGCAGAUGAUCUAUCUGGUGGUAAAAGCCGCCGUUGGACUGGUGCUGCCCGCCAAGCUGCGGGACUUGUCUCGGGAGAACGUCCUCAUCACGGGCGGCGGGAGAGGCAUCGGGCGCCAGCUCGCCCGCGAGUUCGCAGAGCGCGGCGCGAGAAAGAUUGUUCUAUGGGGCAGGACAGAGAAAUGCCUGAAGGAGACAACGGAGGAGAUUCGGCAGAUGGGCACAGAGUGCCACUACUUCAUCUGUGAUGUGGGCAACCGGGAGGAGGUAUACCAGACGGCCAAAGCUGUCCGGGAGAAGGUCGGUGACAUCACCAUCCUGGUGAACAAUGCUGCCGUGGUCCAUGGGAAGAGCCUGAUGGACAGUGAUGACGAUGCCCUCCUCAAGUCCCAGCACAUCAACACGCUGGGCCAGUUCUGGACCACCAAGGCCUUCCUGCCACGCAUGCUGGAGCUGCAGAACGGCCACAUCGUGUGCCUCAACUCCGUGCUGGCGCUCUCCGCCAUCCCCGGUGCCAUCGACUACUGCACAUCCAAAGCCUCGGCCUUCGCCUUCAUGGAGAGCCUGACUCUGGGGCUGCUGGACUGUCCAGGUGUCAGUGCAACCACCGUGCUGCCCUUCCACACCAGCACCGAGAUGUUCCAGGGCAUGAGGGUCAGGUUUCCCAACCUCUUCCCACCCCUAAAGCCAGAGACGGUGGCCCGGAGGACGGUGGAAGCUGUGCAGCUCAACCAGGCCCUCCUCCUGCUCCCCUGGACAAUGCAUGCCCUCAUAAUCUUGAAAAGCAUACUCCCCCAGGCUGCCCUCGAGGAAAUCCACAGAUUCUCAGGAACUUACACCUGCAUGAACACUUUUAAAGGGCGAACAUAGAUGCAAGACACAGAGAUGCACUGGAGGAGCCGCGGCAGCUGAAGGACCCCGGCGUGGGCAUCCACCCACUGUCCUGUCCCUUGGCACACUUCUACUGGGUGACCAGGACUGCGCCUGCCCAGAGGGAGCAUCCGGAUGUUCCCCAGACCAGCCCCAGGACCUUUACACAGGCCUCAUGGGAGGCAAGAAACCAGCUGCCUGGACACUUUUGUACAUUUCUAAUCCAGUAGAGUUUACUGUUCAAUUGCUUCUCAAGUCUAAUCAGCCUCAGCAGUGUGUAUAGACUUUUGCAGGAAGGGCUGUCCCUGGAGGCCCCUCUUUCACCUCCACAAUCCACUCAUCCUCAGCUUGCACAGUCUGGUUCAACGGCAGGAAUGAAAAAUAAAGAGCAAUGGCUUUUG